CGUCGCUCGCUCCCAGGGUUGCUGUCGCAUCGAACGGUACGGCUUUGAGAUACGCUGUGAUAAGCAGGAGGGAAACAGCGGUGUGCAGUGUGGCCCCUGGUCACUAGAGAAGGUGGUGUGCGCCUGCGUUGUAUACACUCGACAGGAAAAACGGUGUGUUGGUGGAUAGCGCAGGUCCUGAGCAGCCUAGUGCUACGACCCAGACUCCACUACCACCCCGGAUCAACUUUGGGGAUCGCUUGCUCAAGGUGCUCGUCUGGUUUUGGUGUCGGUGGUACCAGUUGCACCAAUCGCUACCCGUGGAGUGGUGACAGCAGCAGAAAAAAGGCGCGGUCUUGGCGAUUUCGACCACGCGGGACUGUCAAGUUGGCGUCGUUCUGGACAUCACCCGCGAAAUCGCCAGCAAAGGCGCAAGUCGCCCACCCUUUGUCUACAGCCACCGCGCGCUGGUGAUGUCUGGUUGAGUUGAGCUGCUGCAUCGACGAGGUAACGGUGUUUCACCAGGGCACGAGGGCGUCGCAACAAGCAUGAGUGCUGCCGGGCACAUCAUCGUGGUACCGGGGCAGGAGAUAACCUCUGUGCAAGGAUACCUCCGGGGGCAUGGGACGUACGUGGAAGAGGGGACGGACGGCGGGCCUCCCAAGCUCCUGGCGUGUGUUGCGGGAGUGGUGGAGAGGGUGAACAAGCUCAUCUCUGUCCGACCAAUCAAGUCCAGGUACAUCGGCGAGGUAGGCGACCUGGUCGUCGGAAGGGUGGCCGAAGUACAAUCGAAACGAUGGAGCGUGGAGGUCGGUGCGCACAGAAGUGCGGUGUUGAUGCUUAGUUCCGUGAACCUUCCGGGUGGGCAGCAGAGAAUAAGGACCUACGAGGACCAGCUCCAGAUGCGUUCGUUCUUCCAGGAGCACGACCUCAUCAGCGCUGAAGUCCAACAGGUCAACUCGGACGGAGGAAUCGCUCUCCACACCAGAAGCCUUAAGUAUGGCAAGCUGGAGAACGGGCAGCUAGUUUCGGUGCCACCCGUGCUGAUCCGAAGACUGAAGCAGCACGUGGUGUCUCUGCCGGAUACGGGCGUCGACGUCAUCCUGGGGACCAACGGGAACGUCUGGAUUUCGAGAACACCUCCCGAAGAGUGGAAGGGCAAGGAGGAGGGAGACGCGGCCGGCACGGGGAGCGUGGCCCCAAAGGCGGAGACGCUCACACGCCAACGAAAACAGCACGCUGAGACGGAGACGAUAGGGGAGGUUAGGACGAAUAUCUGUCGGGUGAGGAACGCCAUCGUGGCCCUGAGGAAUGUGUUUCACCUGGUGACGCCCGAGUCCAUCAUGUCCGUGUACCGGAGGAGCGUCACCAUGGGAUUGCAGCCGAAAGACAUGCUGUCAGGAGAGGCCGUGCUUGCACUCACCGCCAAGGAAGCAACCUAAGUUUUACUCUUUUUUCCAUUUCUGCGGAUUUGGUUAAUAGCAAGUUUGCAUCUUUUGGAAAGGAAAAGAUCCAAUUAUGCCCUCCUCCGUCUGGGCCAUCUUCUACACCCUGACCAACAUUUGGCGCUAGCAAUACUCCGGCGGCAGUUUCACUGCGAUCUGAAGGGCAAGAAGUGAUGUUCGGUGGCGCCAGCAAUAUUCCGGUCCAAAGCACUAAAGCGUGAUUGGCCGUCGCUUGGGCGCUGGUGGUGCAGUACCAGGCCGCGGGAGUGGGUGAUUUCCGCGUCGCUCCUUGUGGUGUAACGAACUUUGACAGCUGCAGUCCAUGAGCCGGAUGGGCCUAUCUACCGCGAAACAUUGGAUGUAGGGAAAAGGAGGUGUGCGUGAGACAAAAGUCAGUGAUUGAGGGAGGCCCGAUCGUCGCUCGACUAAACAAGUAUCUAGAUGUCUCGAGCUUUCAACAUUU